CCCAAGAAGCAAUCUGUAAAACCUAAAUAAAUAAAAUACAAAAAGUACCUUAUUUUGCAAAGUUGCAAUUGACCCAUGCAGUCUCAGUUGUGCCAGUUCAGGAAAUGCCUGGGCAACACAAUAUUUGUUUAAAAGCAAUAGCUUUAUAAAAUGCAAAACUUUUUUUAAGUGCAGAAGGAUUUGCGUCUGGAUUUUGUAGACACUGUAGGCUUUGGUCGUUUUGGAGAGCCUUUCAUCAACAAACCAAGCGCCUUAAAGAAAAACAAAAUACUACCGUUUAUUUUCCGGAAUGAGUUCGGAGGGUGACAGAAGCGAACAGGCGCCGGGGCUGCGACUGGAGGCGGUCAUUCAGAAGCUGGAGGACACGCUGCUGAACCCAGACUCCAGUGGGGAGGAGAAGACUCUGACAGUUCAAGGAGAGGGGCAGGGCGGUGCAGCCACCCCCAUCCCAGCACGCAUCCGCGAGAUUGUCACCCGCAACCUGAAAGAGGAAAAACACGAAGCCCCCCAGGAAAUGCCUCCCCUCGGCUCACUGCAAGAGGAGAACCGGCUGUUGCAGCAGGAGCUGUGGCGCGUCGAGGACCUUCUCUCUCAAACCCGUGCCGAGCGAGAUGAGCUGCUCAUCAAGAACCGAGCCGUCAGUGACCGGCUGGAGCGGUCCUUGGCUCUGGAGACUGGAGAGAAGGAGCAGGAGGCGUCUGUCCAGUCACUGAGGCGCAAGUUUGAGGAGGAGGAGAGAGCCUACAAGCAGAAGCUACAGGCCUACCAAGAUGGGCAGCAGCGACAAGCCCAGCUUGUCCAAAAACUGCAGACCAAGGUGCUCCAGUAUAAGAAAAGAUGUGGGGAAUUGGAGCAGCUGGUGCUGGAAAAAACCUCUGAGUCAGAAAAACUGAAACACUCGAUACAGAUCCGUCUGGACUCGGCCGAGUCUCGCCUGCGCCGCACGGAGCAUGAGCACAACACUGACCUGGAGAGCUCACUCAUCCAGCUGGAAGAGGAGCAGCAGAGGUGUUCCAGUCUUGCCCAGGUUAAUACUCUGCUACGCGAGCAGCUGGAGCAAGCCAAUACAGCCAAUCAGAGACUGAUAGAGAAUGUGCGUAAAGCGAAGGAGGAAGUGGAGGACCGAGAGGCUAGACUGCGCAGGGAACAAGAGGUGUUUGCCUCACGCCUCACCAGGGAGCACGGCCGUGUGUUGGCCGUGUGGCGUCAGGCUGCUUCUCUACGGAACGACUUCAUCGAACUGCGCGCCUCCACUGACAGGAGCCUCUCAGAGAUUCAGAUGGAUUCCACCCGGGUGGCUCGUCGGUUGCAGACAGCCUGUCUGAACCUGGAGUCCAACCUGUCUGAGAAGGGCUCCCCUGCAGGCCGGGAGGUGCUACAGCUGGAGCAGCAGCUGAGAAACAAGCUAAAGGAGGCCAUGCAGCUUCAAAGUCGCUGGGAGACAGAGAAGGUGGAGCUCAACUCCAGAAUCCUGGAGCUGACAGAGAUGGUGAAGCACCUGAAAUCUCAGGGAUCUGAGAAGGAGAAAAACGUGAUGACGCUCCGGGCAACCGUGAAGACAAUGGAGGCGAGCCAGGCUGAAAACUCCUCGGAGAUCGAGGCUCUCAAAUGUGAGAUUGAAAAUCUACAGCAAGUCCUCCACAGCAUCACUCAGGUGGCUCGAGCUGAUUCAGAGAGUGCAUUCUCCUUGGACAACUCGGCUGAGUCUUGUGACUCCCCGCUGCAUGCUCCCUCGCGACACCCCUCUCCCACCCGCACUCGCUCGCCCCUGCGUAGCUCCUCCCCCUCCUUCCGAGACUCCGCCCUGGUAGCGGUCCAGAGCGCACUGCAGCGGCGCCAGCUUCAAGUGCAGGAGCUGCGCGUGCGUCUAGAAGGCGUCCAGGAGCAGACGGGGGCCCUGCGCAGGCAGCUGACAGACGGGGAUGCCGAGAGGAGGACCCUGGAGCAGAGACUCCAGCAGCUGAGGCAGGAGAGCCAGCAGGCUGAGCGAGCCAUGGAGGAGAGUAAGAGAGACAGCCAGCGCUACCGCUCCUCGCUGGAGAUCAUUGGGAGUGAGAAGGGCAACCUGGAGAAGCUGAUCCACAGCCUGAAUCAGCAGAUCGACUCCCUGCAGGGUGACCUGGAGAAGCUGAAGGGUGUGAACCUUGACCUUCAGCGCCAGCGAGACCACCUGGAGGAUCAGAGAGACGACCUGGAGAGAGAGAGCGAGCGCAGCCGCAAGGAGGUGGAACGAGGCCAAAAGAGCCUGGAGCAACUGGAGCAGAAGAACUCGAGCCUGAGGAAAGAGCUGGUGACACUGAAGGAAUCCCUGAGCCAGGUCACCCUGCACAAGGAGGUGCUGGAGAAUGAGAAGACAGGCCUGAGCACAGCACUCGCCAAGGCGGAGUCACAGUGUGGAGAGCUGGAGCUCACCCACAACAAGCUGCAGAGCGAGGAGGCCACGCUGCGAGAUUCACUGGCCAAGAUGGGGGCUCUCAACGAGGGCCUGGCCAAGGACAAGGUGGCGCUGAACCGCCUCAUCCUGCAGAUGGAAGGUGAGAAGGCCCAUCUAGGGCAGCAGCGGCAGGAGGUGGAGCAGGAGCGCGCGGCUGCCAGGGAGGAGGUGUCCCGGCUGCAGCAAGAGCUGCUGGACCUGAGCACGGAGAAGCACGCUCUGGAGAACACACGGCACAGCCUGGAGGAGAGCCGCCAGAGACUGGAGCAGGAGCUGGGCCUCCUUCGCAGAGAGAAAGCACAGAUCCAGGAGCAGCACACACAGGUGAGCCGGCAGAGGCAGAGCCUGUCCGAGCAGCUGACCCAAAGCUGCAGGGAGAUGGAGAGCCAGGCCGAAGUGCUCCUGCGGGCUGUCCAAGAGAAAGAAGAGCUGGCCAAGGACAGGGCUGGCCUGAGCGUCCAGCUGACCGCGGCAGAGCGCGAGAGCCGGGGGCUGGCUGAAGAGGUGGCAGCACUGAGGGCAGAGAAGGAGACACUGGAGACAGCUCUGUUUGAGGCACAGCAGCUGGUCUCAGCACUGGAGGGACGUAAGAGCCAGCUGGAGGGAGAGAACCAGGCCCUGCUGGUUACUCGGGAGACUCUCACAGGGGAAGUGGAUCGCGUGCGAGCCGAGGCUGAGCUGCAGGUCAUGAAGCUGGAGAGAGACCGGGAGAUGCUGGGGGCCAGGCUGGCACAGACUGAGAGAGAGGCACAGAUCACCAUGGGCAACACAGAGCGUGCGCACCGUGAGGAGAUGGAUCGGGCCAGGAAAGAGAAGGAGAGCCUGUGUCUGGAGCUGACAGCGGAACGGGAGGAGGCGGUGCGCAGGCUGCAGCAGGAGCGCGAUGACAUCACAGCGCACUGCGAGGCAGAGAAGAAGGUGCUGAAGGAGGAGAUCAGUGCCCUGCAGCAGGACAGGGACGAGAGCCUCAUUCUGGCAGAGAACGAUAAACAACAGGCACUGUCCCUGAAGGAGUCAGAGAAGACGUUGCUGGCGGAGAAGCUGGCGAACGCUCAACGGAAUCUGGCCAGCGUUACUAUGGAGAUAGAGCGUGUGCGGAGAGAGGCGCUGAGCUGCCGCGAGCAGGACAAGGACACCAUCAACAGCAUCACGUCAGAGAUGAGGACGCUGAGGACUCAGUUUGAGGAUGCGGUGUCGGACCAUGAGCGUGAGGUGCGGAGUCUGAGCGAGCAGAUCAAGGACCUGGCCCAGCAGAGAGAGGGGGCGCUGCGGGAGAUGGAGGAGUUGAAGACACAGCUGCGCGUGGCAGAGGAUGCUCGUGACGCUGUGCGCCGGGACCUGAUCGAGGCUCACAGGCGUGUGCGGGAGUGUGCAGAGGCGCGGGACACUCAGCGUAAGGAGGUCCUGGAACUGCGACGGGCUCUGAGCGACGAGGCCCGUGAAAAGGAGGCCAUCUUACACUCCAACGAGGAGCUGAGGGGCAGCGUGAAGCGAGCAGAGAGCGACAGGAGCAGUCUGAAGAGAGCGAAUGAGGAAAAAGAGCAGAGACUGGUGAUCCUAGAGGAGUCGAAGGCCUCCCUGCAGAAGGAGGCAUCUGAGCUAAGAGGCAGCCUGAGAGAGGUGGAGAAAUCACGGCUCGAGGCUAGACGAGAGCUACAGGAGUUGCGCAGACAGGUGAAGCUCCUGGACAGUGAGAAUGCGAAGCGCAGUAAAGAGCUGGCUGAGCUGCAGGCACGGGUCUCCCAGGAGGAGCAGAGAGAGGAGGAGAGCCGCCGGGAGACCUUCAGCCUCAAACAAAGGAUAGUCGAGACAGAGGCCUGCAAGGAGUCUGCCUUCAAAGAGGUGGCGCUGCUGCAGCAGCGGGUAGUGGAGGUGGAGUGCGAGGCGCGGCUGCGUGAGAAGGAGCUGCAGGGCCGCGUGGAGGAGCUGCAGGAGGGGGAGCGGCGGCUGCAGGAGAGUACGAGGGAGCUGCAGGGGGUGCUGCAGCGAGCAGGAGUCCAGGCCGGAGACCUUGCCCUGCAGCUCAGCACCUCCAAGGCUCGGGAACAUGGGCUGGAGGUCGAGCUGGGCAAGGCAGAGUCCACCAGGCGAGAGCUGGAGUUCAGACUAGGGGCCCUGCACUCCGCACUACGGCGCACCCUGGGCAUCACCCGCACAGGCAGGGCACAGAGCCCAGGAGCAAGGGGCCGCAGCCCCUCACCUAGGAGAGGGGCGUCUCCACUGAAGGGGAUGGACAGCCUGGAUGGACUGUGUAGCUCCAGCCCCUGUGGCAGCCGCGGCAGCUCCCCCCUGCGCUCACUGUCCCCCUCGCGUGGGGGGGAGGGGGACCUGGACCCCGAGGUGGUGCGGGCCGCCCUCAGAGACUUCCUGCAGGAGCUGCGCGAGGCUCAGAGAGACCGGGAUGAAGCUGAGAUCCAGGUGCUGAACCUGACCCGCCAGUUGGGGGAGCUAGAGAGCGAUCGAGACCGCACCAACGCUCGCAUCCAGCAGCUGCAGAAAUCACUGUCCGAGUCUGAGGAAGGGAAGCGGGGUGCGGACGGCCGGCUCAGCGGUGCUCAGACUGCCCUCAUGCUGCAGGAGGAGGCGAUUCGGCGUGGGGAGAGCGAAAGGAAGGCACUGGGGGAGCAGAUGGCUUCCCUGGAGCGCAGUGUACAGACAGCAGACGCAGAGAAGAGAGAUCUGCAGGGGAAGCUGAGCUGGAUGCGGACGCAGGAGGGGAAGCUGGAGGCAGAGAGGAGGAAGCUUAAGGAGGCCCUGGAUGCAUCAGAAAGUCGCGGGACCAAGCUGGAGCUGUCCCAGCGUGCCCUGGAGGGGGAGCUGCAGCGGCUGCAGAUGACGGCGAGCGAGCGGGACACAGAGGUGGUGGCACUGCAGGAGCGGCUGGCUAUGCUGAGCAGUGAGCUGAGGCAUAGCGAGGACAAGGCAGCCUCCCUGCAGGUCUCUGUGGAGAGGCUGAGCGUGGCAUUGGCCCGCACUGAGGACGGAGAGAGCCAGCUAAAGGACAAGGUGCAGAGCCUGUCCCUCUCGCUUGGUGACACUAGCGCCAACGCCGGGGCCCUACAGGAGCGCCUCUCCCAGCUGCAGAAAGCUCUGACGUCCAGUGAACAGGAUCGCAGGCUGUUACAGGAGCGCUUGGACGCUGCUCGGGAGUCUCUGUCGGAGUGUAAGAAGCAGAACCACAUCCUGACGGAGAGGCUGCAGACUCUGCAGGGAGAGCAGGAGGACACAGAGCUGCGAUGCCUGGAGCUGGAGGGGCAGAGCAAGCACCUUCAAGAGAUGCUGCGGCAACGUCAGGCUAGCGAGCAGGAGGCUCUGGAGGGCUCACGGCGGCUGGAAGAGGACAGGCAGGCCCUGCAGGAUCGAGUGAACACGCUGCAGAGGACCGUCGCACAGCUAGAGAGCGAGCGCCACGAGAUGGAGAGAGCAGGAGUCCGUCUGGAGAAGGACAAGGCCGCUCUGAGAAAAACUCUUGAUAAGGUGGAGCGAGAGAAGAUGAAGCAAGAGGAACAAGCCAUGCGCCUGGGAGUGGAGAGGGGGCAGCUGGACCAAUCGCUGAGCAGCGUGGAGCAGGAGGUUGUGGAUCUGCAGGCCCAAGUACAGCAGCUGCAGGCACAGAUCUCAGAUCUGGAGCGUGCACAUACACAGCGCCUCCUGGAGGUGACAGCGCGGCACCGUCAGGAGAUGGAUCUGGAGACGGAGCGGCUGCACGACUCCCAGGAGCAGGCCGCGCGAAGCCUGGAGGCACGGGAGAGAGCCCAUCGGCAGCGGGUCAAGGGGCUGGAGGAGCAGGUAGCCACUCUGAAGGAGCAGUUGGACCAAGAGAUGAGGCGCAGACAGGCCUACGUCAACCAGAUUCUGCGACCCGGAAUGUAACCUGUCACCUAGCAACAGACUAGGAGUGCCCUGCUCUCCAGUCCCCACCUCCAUAUGCAGGCCCUUAGACUUGGGCUACAGUUUAAACUUGUAUUUAAUCACUGGCUCAGAAGAAGUUUGUUACUCUGUCUCUAGUCUGUCCCACUAACAAGAAAUACGAUUCAUUUUAUUUACAUUAUUUAUAUUUGUAGGAGUAUAAGUUGUUGUUGUAGUAAUAGUAGUAGUAGUAGUAUUAUAUUACAAUUAAUAUUAGUAGUAUUAUAAUUGGUAAUGAGCCACAUAACAACAUUGCAUUCUGAGUUGCCACAUUAUAGAUGCCAUGCUAUACAAAUUCUAAAUAUUGCAUUUCAAACACACCAUACUGAAACAUUGGUAAGCUGGGUCCUCAGAACAAACUAUUAUUAUUAUUAUUAUUAUUAUUAUUAUUAUUAUUAUAACCAGAUAGCAAUAAACAAUCAUGUUUCAAUUUCAUGUUUUAUAUAGGCAUGUAUUUAUGACAGACAGAGCCUCACAGUCUAAAGUUUUGCAUCAGUGUAAAUCAGACAGAUGUGUUUCCAUCUAGGUUUCCCCCUAUUUCAUGACUGUAUAGCAGUGUCAAAGGUUAGCACCCCAGUAUCCUCAGUAACCAUAAGUAAUCUGGCUUUAUCAAUCACUGUAGGCUGGCAGGGAAACCAGUGCUCUUAUAAACGUUUACCAUAAAAAAGAUUAGCCAUGUGUAAUAAAGCCUAGUGAAGGCAUGGUAAAGCAUAGUUAAGAUAUGUAAAUCACAGAGAGGUAUGGUAAAGCAGAUUAAAAAAACAUGUCAAACCAGAGCAAACUAUGGUAAAUGCAUAGUAUAGCCAUGAAAACAGCAUGGUAAAAUUGAAAUACUCUCUUUUCUAAGGGUGAUGCUGGUUUUACCCAUAAUAUUAAUACCAGUGCUGUGUCUCCUCCUGGAAUUUGGCAUUAACUUUGAACACACUGUGGGUAACAAGCCUUGUGGUGGUAACCCCUCCAGCAGGUUUACCAGUCAAGUGUUUGGAAUACAUUUGAGAAAUUCCUUUAAAGUAACUUCCAUGAAAAUGUAUACUGCACCGUAUACAACUGUGUAUACUGUUGCAAACUUAGGGUCCAAUUCGUUUUUGAAUAGCUGAACCAUUAUUAGCAGCUUUACCAACCAAGGCAGUAAAUAUUGCACAGUGACCCUGAUAUAGAAUCACACUGAUACUGAUAUCACAGGAACACAGCUACCAGCUUGUAUUAAUUCACUAUUGUAGCCUCCUGCAUGCUGUCAGACUCCUGGACCAGUGUCAAUAUUGUGCAUCAUCUAUAAGAGCACUGGACUUCUACUCUUCGGAGUUUUCUUUUAACUAUGCAUAUUGCGCUUUAAAUUUGUGUAUGAACCCUGUUUCAUGCAUGAGUUAUUCGCUGAAAUAGCUGAAAGUAGUUUUGGACAAAUAAUAAAUACUAUAUUUUUCAGUGAAAAAGUUUUUUUAUUCUAAAUUCCACUGCUUUAAUGAGAAGAAAUGGCAUCCUCAUAUGAGGCUAUCAUGCAUUUGUGUCUUCCAUACAAAGACUAGAGAGUUUUUUGUCUCUGUUCCCAUAUGAGGUUGCCAUGCAUGAAAAGGUUAAAAUAACUUUCAACCUGUUCCAUGUUUUGAAAAAUCGUAUUUGUUCAAGUUUCUGUAAAACAGUGAACCACAAUAAAGAGUUGCAUGCUGUGA